GAACCACACACAACCACAGUGCCACACUCGCGAGCUGCCUUCGUCGACCCGACCCCCUCCUUCCCACACCUCCUCUUCCAACUCUUCUUCUUCUCCACCUGUAUACAAUAUCUUGUGUUUACGGUUGGACGCGUGUAUUGCGGUAUACAAGUAUCCCACUAAGCUACUCCCAACUGGCAGCUUUAAACCUGAAGACUUGCUUAUUCUAAGUGGACAACCUUAGCAUUCAGAUUCGCCGCCAUUCGCUUCGGCUGGGAUGAAGGGAGCUGGAUAAUGCAUUUGACACCGACAGAGCUGAAAUAGGACAAUCAUAAACUUCGUUCCUCGACGACGCAUUGCAAUUUUCUCCGAGAGGGUUAAAGCAUUUGCAAGUCUGACUUGUCAACUGAAAUCCUUGUUCACCCGGCUUGCUGGCUGUUGUUUGACAGUCACUGAGACAAAACAGCAUUAGCGAAAAAUUCAGCAAAAAUAUGAUAGCAAGGUAACGCACUGCGGGUUUUUCGCAAAACAAUUUCGUGGCCACGGCAAGCGAAAACUCGCUGCUGGUGUAUACUGAAAUGUAGUGCACUCUGAUACCAGAAUAUCUCGUAAAUGGCCGAGGACAGUUGCAGUUCUGCCGGGGAUUCAGGAGGAGUGUUACUCAAGCAAGAAGUUCAGCAGCGGGACAUGGACACGACAGUUGAUCUCAAGGAUGCAGACCUCUGAUCUCGAGUAUCAUUACUUUGUGGUGCAAAGAUUCUCUCUUUUCUUUUCCUUUAUUUAAGUGACGGUCGAGAUAAACUACAAAGAGCCGUCUUGUAAGGCGAGUACGCAUUACAGUCUACGGGGAAGUAACUAAGUGCAAUGUCGAGUCGAGUGCAAAAGCCAACGGUUUCCGCACGAAAGACCUGUGACUGAAAAGUAUCUUUAUCAGUGCCAAUCCGUAAAAGUGCUGCAUACUUUUCACCUCGGUCAGAGGUGAUAAAACCAGCUAAAGCCUUCUCAAUUGCUCGUUUUUGUAAAUUUUCGACUAUUUUCUAAAAUGCCAGACGGUAAAAAGAAAUCGGUCUAAUUUUUUAGGGAAAUAAAUCGACGCUGAUGAAAUGGUGGGACGUAAGUAUAUCACGAGAAGAUGCUCAGGCUUCCUUUUGUAUUAAAACCAUUACGACAUCAGCUAAUGAAAACCUGUUAAAAGAUACUUGUUUUAAAAAAAUGAAUGACCUUUACGUGAGGAUUUCUUCACAAAGUUUAGAAAGGAAGAAGCUUGAAAAAUCUUCCCUCGUGUUGUAGGCAAGUUCGACAACAUAUACUCUAUAGCUAGAUAAAGUAGACUGCAACAAAUCCUUAACUUGCAACGGUAAUAAAUAUGGCAACGAUGGCAUCUGACUUAUGUGGUCAUCAAAUCCUCUGCCUUCAUAAUUACCCUGUAUUCCAUAACGAUCCGUAGCUUUGAUUGUGCUUAGACUGCUGUUGACACUUUAACCGGAGGUCGUGCCAACUCAGGUCUCCUGUGUCACCAGCCCAAGGGUUUUCAGGGGCCCCGGGGGCGAGGGGGGCGCGAAGCGAAACAAUUGGCAUCCGGCGGGGCCUGCUCAGAUGGUGGCCCCAGCCUUCCUACCGGCGGCUUCCCCUUCCCAAUGCACAACAGCUGCCCACAAACACAGUCACUUAGGCCCCUCUACACGAGAUCCCAAGUACAGUACUACACCCCUUCGGCCUUCGAGACGCCUGACAUCGGCACACACACAAUAGGACGCUCCGACACUGGCGCUUCCCGAGGGACUUUGAACUUUUAUUCAUCCUGCGAUCACGUCAUCGUUGACUUCGACGAUAAAAAGUAAAUGAACAUAUAAUAAAACAAAAGAAGUAUUCAGAGAACAUGCAGGAUUAGUGUUCGUGGAAGUUGCAGAUUGAGAAAAAAUCUGGGUAACUUGAAAAGGUGUCUGACUGACUAAUUCGUCAGGCAAAGCAAGGAAUUCAUGUUAGUGAAGUGUUAACUUUAGACGACAUAAACAUAUCGAGAGAUAUUGUAGGACUGUUUUGUGUUACGUGGAGUAGGAGUAUAUAUAUCAGAGCAAAACAUAAACUGUACUGAAAAAAAUUUACGCAAAACAAGAUUUAACAUUCACUUUUCGUUUAAUUAACUACACAAACAGUUUGGAGCGUAAACAAGUUCUAGUUAACAGAAAACUCUUUCGUUUCGAAUUUUGGGACAAUCUGCCUAUAAGUGACGCUCAGUAAUCAUUCGGUUUACGUAUAACUGAUGGACAAGUGAAAUAAUAACAACUCCCCAGUAUAAAGUGAGUAGAAAAAUAAACUGACUGAGGCGUUAGUUUCCACACUGGAGAGAAUCUUCGUCCCCUGUCGUGAGCGUAAGAAGCCUUGACGUAGAAGUGAGACUGCGAGCCCCAACCCCAACCACUGUCAAGAUAUAAAUGUUGAGAAAGGCAGGAGAGACUCUGGGUUGCUCCAUUGCGCAAAGGCGUACGAACCCAAACUUUGUAAGAUGAAUUUUAUGUACUACAAAGGGUUCACCGAGGAAAAGACUAGCUCCUCCCACACCGUGUUCAAGAAGAAGAAGGAUAUAAGGAAGAAUAAGAGCGGAUACCAACAUGGACUCGAAGGUACCUUCCAUCACAACCACCAUCACAAAAACUCCUUCACGAGGACACAUCUAUCCUUCUCGGCGCCCUCUCCGAUAGUUCCCGGUCACGGCCAGGGUUGCACUUGCGAAGUGUGCUCGUCGGAGUUCCCCCUUCGCACUCACCUCCUCCUCGACAUGUCCUACUCGAGGCUGAGUCAAGACCAGAACAAGUCGUCCUCCACAUCAAGGUUUAGCUUUUUCAGUCGAAAGAAGCCGUCGGGACCUUCUCCUGCGGCUGCCGCUGCGGCGUUGGCAUUGGCACAAGAACAAAGACUCGCUGCUGCCAGAGCAAAGUUACAAGCAGAAGCCGAGGAAGAAAUGGCCAACCCAAGCAAUCAAGAGCCCGUGACACUGGGCACCCUCAAGCAGGACUCCCUCAUGAUUCCCGCUGGAAGACUGUCCAGGUUCUUCCCUGCAGGACACCCGAUCCCAACACCAGCCCACCAAGGACGUGUUCGGAUGUUAGAGGCGCCGGAACCCAACAUUCAGGUGGUAUUUCACAUGAUGGGACCAGCUGUACACGUCAACCCAGCCCUCACAUUGCCGUCACUAGACAUGCACAGCCACCAGAGAGAAUGCAUAGUUAAGGCAUUCAAGUCGGCGAUAUCGGGAGCCGGAGCUGGGACUGGCACGUUACAGGGAAUGGUGCUCCUCAACCUCGAGAGAGGAGGAGAGUUGGGAGCAGUGGAGUUUCCCUUCAUGAUCAUCUGGAUCAUCGACAAGCAAAAGGCCGACGUGAACACAGUCAUCAGCAAAGUCCGGCAUUGUAGUUUAGAUGCCCUUGAUCCUAACAAGACAGGGUUCACCUGCUCCCACUAUUUCGACAGUUUCGAAGAAGUUGCCACACUUGCGAGACCUCCUCUAGAAAAGCUCUCGCGGAAGGCGACGACACCGACCACAGGCUACAUUAUCACCGUGUUCCGGGUAUUCGAGGGCACCGACGGAGUUAAGUUCGAGCGAAACUGGCUCGGUUGGACAGGAGCCAGAGCGCUGUACAAAAGCAUGACGGAUGAUGACGUGGGGCUGCGACGCCUGACCCUUCACAAGUCGGUCCCUCAGAAUGGGAUGCUCCACUACGUGCUGAUGUGCGACUGCUCCAAUUUCCUGAAUUCGAUCCAGCUCGCGGUGAGAGCGGUUCCCUCCCUCCGCAUGAGGCUCUGCGGAGACAUUGGUCUCUACAGAAGUAUAUGUACAUUUUAAGGUGCACUUUUUGUAGAUAUGUAGGCUUAAGAUAUUGGGGGUCAAAGUCAAUCAUGUGUCGGGGGUAUUUUAUAAGUCUGUUAUUUUUCACAGUUGUUAUCUACAAAUAGAAGUUAUUUAGGUUAUUUUGUAAAAUAGCUUAGAAUACAAAGUAAUUUGUCAUCUACAGUUUGAAAAAUAUUGCCUGUAGCUCUGUUUUACAUACAAACUAACUUUAAGGAUAAAUCUCUACAAAAGCUUGAAGGGCUCUCUCAGGCCACUGAAUACCAGUCCUGGAAGUUCAAGAAAAAUGUUUAUGACUCACAUUAUAUCUAAUCCUGUUCUGUCAACAUCUAAACGGCACUAUUUUCAAUGUCCAGGGACUAAAUUGAAAUGACAAUGUUGAAUGACUGUAUAUAUUGCGGGUGAUAAGGACUGACCGUAUCCUCAUAUACCUUAUGAACUGAAACGACUGAAAAGUAGAGUUCUGGAAAUCUCUUAAAUAUUGAAGAGUCUUUAGAAGGGAUCAGACCUUUACUCUUAUUUGUCCAGAGGUUACAUCGGUCGUUUGUAUGAUAAGAUUAUAGACAGACAUAAACCCGCCAUUCAUGAAAGGGUAGGUAGCCAACUGUAAAGGCAAUAACUCUCCCAUGUUAUUUAUUUACAAUAGUUCUCAAUUAUAAGUCUGUCUAGUGAUUAAUCAAUCUUCUUGUGCUGUUGUUUUUAUUUAUUUAUUUAUUUAUAUUCAUUUAAAUUCUUUUUAUUUUGAUCUUAAAGGGUGAUAGUGCUUGCCUUCUCUGUACUUAAAGCACGUCUCUUACAGAUUUAUCUCAGCAUAUUCCUAAUCAAACUUAGAGAUUACUGAAGGGCACACUCGUUGUCAAUGAGCUCUGUACCAACGUAUAUCCCGAUUGUAAACAAUACUACUUGAAGUAACAAUGCCUGUCUUCAUUGCAAAGAGUGAUACUACUGUAUGAAUGUUGCAAAAUAGUUAGCAAACUACAUACUUGUCAAUAUAUUGUCUUAGGCGUUCAUGGAUGGUGGGUUCCACUGACGAACUGCCCAAGUUAAAUGCAUAACGCUAGAAACUUUGUGAACAACAUAUGCAAAAUAUAGAAUAUAUUAAACGUCAUUGUCAAAUACUUUGUAAGCUUCAGAAGCAAAAUUGUGACUGGCAAAAUCAUACGUAUAUAUGGGCAAUGAGGCUGAGUGCAAAAUGUUGCAGGUGCCUGAUUAUGUAUUAUGAAAUUCAAAGUCUGUAUAUUUGUAUAUAACGAUCUUUUCCGUAAAACUGUCUCUUGUUACUAUUGUAUCUAUGUCGCUUUUUUGUUAUAACUGUUGUCACUAUUAAGAAAUAGUUUGUUGAUUCCUGUGAUAAGUAAAAAAAAACUCUUUAUUAAAAGAUACUUAUGGA